UGGAUAUGCAAAUACAUUAUAAAGACAAGUAGCCUACACCAUUAAAUCGCACCAAAGCGAAGCCCUCGAGUGCGUGUACUCGUGUUCUCGAGCUUGACCAGCUGUGCCUCGUGCGCUGCGUAAUGGGGAUGAUUGGGGCAGCGGGAGGAGGCGGGAGUGCGCAAACUGUGCGCCUUGUUUGGAGUCAUAUUACGCUGAGGAACGGAGCGCCGCGUCAACGAGGGACCUCACACACACAUGUGGAGAACGAGUAACUGUUGCUCCCAGUGGUCUCUGUCAUUUAAGGAGAAGUGGGGUGGGUGGGUUGGGGGGGGGGCUUUACUGGAGCAGCACCAAUCUGCUCCGGAAAACACAUGCACGCGCCCAGACUCGCUCAAUAACCCGAAAGUUACCGGGCAAAUCUUGAGCCCUAAAGUUGCAGCCUGCGGUUAUUCUCGCUGGAGUUUUGAUCAUGUUGGGCAGCGGUAAGUCAGCGGCCACCUGUACCACAGAGCAACGGAGGAAAGGUGCCGAGAAGGCGAUGGACUCCCUCAGGAGACUCGGGCUGGUGGACAAUGAGGACGUACGUGGGAUGAUCCAGGGCUGCAACAUGGUGAAGAUUCGCUCUUCUAGGUGGCAGAAGAGCCGAAACCUGCGGCUGCUGGAUGACGGGCUCACCGUGUGGUGUGAAUCCACCAAGAGCUCCCGCAAAGCUAAAGCCCAGCAGACAUUCGCAGUGACGGAAGUCGAGUGUGUGCGUGAAGGCUGUCAGUCCGAGGCGCUGAGGCGGCUGUGUGGGUCGGUGCCGGAGAGCAAGUGCUUCACGGUGGUCUUCAGGGGCGCCAGGAAGAGCCUGGACCUGCUGUGCCCGAGUGAGGAGGAUGCUCAGCGCUGGGUGCGAGGGCUGCGCACGUUAAAGGCGCAUGUGGCCGACAUGUCUCAGAAGCAAAAGCUGGACCAUUGGAUCCGAAGCUACCUGAGGCGAGCGGACCACAACCAGGACGGCAAGAUGAGCUACGACGAGGUGAAGCGGCUGCUCCAGAUGAUCAACAUUGACCUGAGUGAGCAGUAUGCUCGCUGUUUAUUCAAGAGGUGCGACCGAUCCUGUGACGGUCGUCUCGACCAUGUAGAAAUUGAGGAGUUCUGCCGGGAGCUGCUCCGACGGCCCGAGCUGGACGCAGUCUUCAGACACUAUUCAAGCAACGGCUGUGUCCUCGCCAUGGCUGAGCUACGGGACUUCCUGGGAGACCAAGGGGAGGACGCCUCGUUGAAUCAUGCUCAGAGCCUCACACUCACUUAUGAGCUCAACGACUGGGCUCAGAAGAAUCACUUCAUGACCCAGAAUGGUUUCACCAUGUACAUGCUGUCCCGGGAGAACGAUGUGGUUAAUCCCGACCAUGCCAGAGUCUACCAGGACAUGAGCCGCCCUUUGGCCCACUACUUCAUCUCCUCCUCCCACAACACUUACCUUACCAAGGACCAAGUCACAGGCGCCAGCAGCACUGAGCCGUACAUCAGGGCUCUAAAUCAGGGCUGUCGCUGCGUGGAGCUGGACUGCUGGGAUGGAGAUAAAGGUGAACCUGUCAUCUACCAUGGCCACACGCUCACCUCCAAGGUGCCUUUUAAGGAGGUCAUUGAAACCAUCGCCCAGUACGCCUUUAAGGCGUCACCGUAUCCUCUAAUCCUGUCCUUGGAGAACCACUGUUCUGUGGAGCAGCAGGCCGUCAUGGCCAAGCACCUCCGCACCCUCCUUGGCAGGAAACUGCUCACCAAGCCUCUCUGUGCCCAACCGCAGGAGGAUCUGCCUUCUCCUGAGGAGCUGAAAGGGCGUAUUCUAGUAAAAGGGAAGAAGCUCACUCCUCACUUAGGCCAGCUGGGCAAGGGUGGAAGCUGCGCCAGCUUCUCCUCAAGCUCUGAAGAUGAACCCGUAAGUGGCAGUAAGACCACCCCCAAGAAGGAAUCUGCCAAGGUCUGUUCUAAACUCAGCCCUGAGCUAUCGGAGCUGGUGGUGUACUGCAGUAGUGUCUCAUUCCGGGGCUUCGAAAAUGCGUCUGAAAAACCUCCAAAUGAAAUGUCCUCCUUCUCUGAAAGUGAAGCCCUCAGGCUCAUCAAAGACUCGGGAAAGCUUUUUGUGAGACACAACAGCAAGCAGCUGAGCAGGAUCUACCCCUCUGGCCAGCGCCUCCAAUCAUCCAACUAUGACCCUCAGGAAAUGUGGAAUGGCGGCUGUCAGAUGGUGGCUCUAAACUUCCAGACUUCCGGGGAGCAGAUGGACCUGAACCAGGGUCGCUUCCUCACCAAUGGUCGCUGUGGAUACGUUCUUAAACCGGGCUUCCUGUGCAGCCCGACAUCCGCCUUUGACCCAGAGAACACGGGCGGAGGCCCCGGUCACACCCCCACCCAGCUGACCAUACGCAUACUAUCUGCACAGCAGCUGCCAAAAAUCAACACGGAGAAGGCCAGCUCCAUUGUGGACCCACAAGUGUGGGUUGAAAUUCAUGGGGUGGCUAUUGAUAAUGCAAGAGAUAAAACCCACCGCAUUGACAACAAUGGUUUUAACCCACGAUGGGACUGCACUCUGAGCUUCCAGCUGCAGGUCCCUGAGCUGGCUCUCGUACGGUUUGUUGUGGAGGACCAUGAUCACAACGCCAAAAACGACUUUGUGGGGCAGUUCACUUUACCUUUCAUAAGCCUGCAAAAAGGUUAUCGACAUGUUCAUUUGUUGAAGGCAGACGGUUCCAGUCUGUCCCCAGCCACACUCUUCAUUCACGUGAAAGUGACCCGCAAAGGAAAGCCCAUCAAAACUGUGUCCGAGCGUAUCGCCAUUGCCAAAGGCAAGGUAUGACGUGCAUCUGAACUAAAUGGAAAGCUUUGAAGACGGAGCUCUGGAUGUAAGCAGAGAGAGAGAGUCCGCUGCUGUUGCCGAGAGCCGGCCUUCUACGUCCAGACUUCAAGUGGUCCGAUUUACACGGAGCCACUUCCCACUACAGGAGGAGAGAGAUGAGGAAGCACACUGACUCUUAGCAGAUGAAUUGCGUCCGGGUGGCUAAUGAAUCCAUGAUGGACUGUGGGAGAGUCUGAUCUAGUACAGAGGAUUGUGGUUAGUGAGAAAGACCAACAUGGGACUCGUUACUAAAUUCCUUUUAGUGUUGUUCACUCUGAUGUGUAGGUGGUUAUCUAAUGAUCUGUUAAACUGAAGAUAAUGUUAAUUAAUCUUUCAUAUUUUAAAAGUAUUUUAACAUUUUUAUACUUCAGUAGUUGACUUGAACUUAACAAAUGAGCAUAUUUUAAAUAGAAGCAACAGUUCCUUAACUUAACUCAACUGCUGUAUCAUUUUAAACUGCUCUGAGAGAAAAUCCAAGCAUGUGAUUAAAAUGAUUGUUUAAUGAAUUAUUUAAACCUUGAUUGUGGUGCAAUACCAAUCUAGUAGUCAUCUCUGAAGGAUGAAAGCAUAAUGACAUUGCCUAUUAAUUUACUUACUUGAUAAGAUACUUGGCACUUUUAAUGUUAUGACAAAGUGUUUCCACAGCUUACUUGAAAUAUAAGAAGCAUUAACUUUGACUUAACAUUUUUGCAAAUGUCAUUUGCUGUAUUUAACCCAGCAUUGUUUUUACAUGUACUAAGGUAUUCACAUGUUUUUUGUGUGAAGGCUCAUUUUGCCUUUUUUCCUAUGAACAUCGCCGUAUAAUUAUUUGUGCAGCCAAUUAACAUCCGUAAAUUCAUAUCUUAAAAUUGUGCUUGAACCAUCUCGCACAACCUAAAGUUAUUUUAGGCAAAUGUGAAUCUUUUGCUGCUCUUAUAAGGAGAUCCCUGAUAAUAACAUGUAACAUGUUGUAAUAUUGAAAGGUAUUGCAGAUGGAUUACUGUAAUAACAGGAUAUAUGAUGAGAAUGGAUUUCAAUAUUAUGUAAAAAAUGGUUCAGUAUGACUUUGCAGUGUUAAAGUGUAAAGCCUGUGUUGUGCGUCUGACAGUUGGUAUUAUGUAUAAAGUAGAAAAUACUGUUUUCUUAAAAACACUAACAACUCAA